AUGACUUCUGAUUACAAGUUCGAGGGAUGGAUGGGAGAGGAUGAACGAUCCGCUGAAGGGAAUAUGGUAUGGCAAGAGUACGAGCCCAAAAAGUGGGAGGAGACUGACGUUGAUAUCCGAAUCACCCACUGUGGUAUCUGCGGCUCUGACAUUCACGUCCUCCGCUCUGGCUGGCGACAAGCCCCGUACCCCGUCGUGGUAGGCCACGAGAUUGUCGGUGUCGCCGUCCGCGUUGGUAGCCAAGCUGAAGGCGGCAUCAAAGUCGGCGACAUCGUCGGUGUCGGUGCCCAAUCCGACGCAUGUCUCAAUCGCAAGUUAGGCGAUGAUAACGAUGAACGGCCUAGAUGCAAUGAGUGCGCCUCUGGAGAAGAGAAUUACUGCACCCGCAUGGCCCCAACCUACGGUUCAAAGUUCCUAUCAACAGGCGACAAAACGCAAGGUGGCUAUGCCCGCUAUCACCGCUGCCCUUCGCACUUUGUUAUUCGCAUCCCCGAAGGUGUUGCUCCAGAGUAUGCAGCGCCGCUUCUCUGUGGUGGCGUGACCGUCUAUUCGCCUCUAAAGCAGUUCGGUGCUGGGCCUGGUAAGAAGGUCGGUAUAGUUGGCGUUGGGGGUCUAGGCCAUUUUGCCGUAGUCUUUGCACGUGCGCUUGGCGCCGAUGAGGUCGUAGGUAUCUCGCGCCGAGAAAGUAAGAGACAGGAAGCUAUGGAUCUUGGAUGCACAGAUUACAUCGCAACUGCGGAUGAGGAGGGAUGGGAAACCAAGAACUCUCGGAGGCUCGACCUAAUCAUCUCCACUGUCUCAUCUCCAAAGAUGCCCCUCGCUGAUUAUAUUGGCCUUUUACGACUAGACGGCACGCUCGUCCAAGUCGGGCUUCCAGAAGGGCAGCUCCCAUUCCGACCCGGCAGCCUGACCGGCGCACGCCGCCGGAUAGCUGGCUCAAGCAUUGGAUCGCCAGCUGAGAUCAAAGAAAUGCUGCAGCUGGUCGCGGAUAAGAAUGUCAAGCCUUGGGUGGAGAUGCGUCCCAUGUCAGAGGCAAACCAGGCUAUCAUUGAUUUUGAGGCUGGAAAGCCGCGAUUCCGUUAUGUUUUGGUUAAUCCGGAUUCAUGA